CUUGUACGUUGCGUUAUGCUCAUUCUGCAAAUACACAGAGAGCUUCUGAGAGGGAAGACGUAAUGGUGUGAUUCCUUGUGCCCUUGCAAUGGUCAUCAUUCUAAUAUUGCUCGACACAUUCCAGAACCGGGAGUCGGAAUGAAGGGUUGCAAACUCUGAUUAUACGGAUACAUGUAUAAGGCAGGGGCAUCGUCCAUGUGGGCAUCAUGCUGCGGGCUGCUGAACGAGGUGAUGGGCACAGGGACGGUGCGCGGGCAGCAGCCAGGGUUCGGGGCCGGGGCCGGGCCCUUCCGCUUUGCCCCCAGCGCCGGGUACUCCACCUACCCCCCCACCAGCUCAGGGAGCGCAGGUCAGCUCUGCAAGGCCUGUGGACUGGCCUUCUCUGUCUUCAGGCGCAAGCACAUAUGCUCGGACUGUAAGAAGAGUUUCUGUGCCCUGUGCUCGGUGCUGCAGGAGAACCUCCGCUGCUGCACCACCUGUCACCUCCUGCGCGGCACGGCCUUCCAGAGACCACAGCUCAUGGCACUGCGCGUUAAAGACCUGCGCCAGUACCUGCUGCUGCGCAACAUCCCCACAGACACCUGCAGGGAGAAGGAGGACCUGGUGGACCUGGUGCUCUGCCACCUGGAAGCAGGGGAAAACACCUCGACACAAGGAGCUGUAGAGGAGGAGGAGGAGGACACAGACAGCCUGCACUCCCUCCCCCACUCCCUCCCCCAUUCCCUCCACGCCUCGCCCCCCUCAGCCACACGACGCUCCGCCUCGGAGCAGUCGGCGCUCUCUGCCUCCCAGGGAGACGCUCCUCUCAGCCGGAGUGACAGCUCAGGGACCGCUCAGAGCCAGCAGCAUGGGGAAGCUCCAACCAUCCCCCUCCUGCACCUGGAACCUUCCAGGGAACCUACCAUAGAGGUCAGUCCAGUGACGCAGAGGAGGAUGCGGGCCUCUUUAUCGGACCUGGACAACGAAGGGGACAUUGAGUGCCUGUCUGUUCGGCAGCUCAAAGAGAUUCUGGCCCGUAACUUUGUCAACUACUCUGGCUGCUGUGAGAAGUGGGAGCUGAUAGAGCGGGUACAUCGGCUCUACAGGGAGAACGAGCAGAACAGGAAGUCCAUGGAAAAUGUCAGUAACAUCAACAGCAUGACCGCAGUGGUGGCAUAUCCUCCACCUAUAUGCAAUGGUGCAGUGGGAGACAGUAUGAAGGCUCAGCUGGCCUCUGAUGAUCACCUGUGUCGCAUCUGCAUGGACGCUGUGAUCGACUGUGUGCUGCUGGAGUGCGGCCACAUGGUCACCUGUACCAAAUGUGGGAUGAGGAUGAGCGAGUGCCCCAUCUGCAGGCAGUACGUGGUGCGGGCCGUGCACGUCUUCAAGUCUUAACUCUGCCGUGAGCGUGCAUUUCAGCCGAGGACAUUGAACCUGCGGCAGAGUGUGCACAUGCUCGAAAAUCUGAAUCUGUAUUGAGGGAGUGUGAAUGGGCUGUGCACGUUUCCAAGGAUGCAACAGACGUGCACAUCCUCCAGUUGAAAUGACAUGCAGAGCAGACAGCUUCACACAACCUAACUUCUAUUACUAGAACUACAAGUCCCACUCCUCCCCGGUGAUGGUCUGGACCCCACUGGCUGCACUGACUGACCUACAAGUCUUUAGUGUAACACACACUGAACUGUUCCAAAAAUAACUCUACAAUAUAUUAUUUUACAGUGCUUCGUUUCAGUUUGUAGCAUUUUUUAUUAUUUUUUUACUUAUAAUUAACCAUGGAGUGGAGUUAGUCCCAUGGAUGCUUGAAUUGGAUGUGAUUGUUCAUGGUGAGUGGCUGAGGUGAUCAAGGUGGAAAUGAUGACGAUAUCCCAGGGUUAGAGUCGAUAUGGUUUACACACUCCUGUCAAACCAGACUAUACUGUACGUAUCUCCUUCACUGUUCUUUAGUAUGUGCAAUAUAAAAAAAUAAGAGACUUCUAUGUGUGAGUGAGGGACUGUCCGUCUAUAAACCAGUCUAUGUUUCUGUGCUGUUUUGUUCUACACACACACCGUAGGGUGUUUUAGGUGCCAACCUUCACACCACAACUACAGUACAUUACUGAUGUCUGAUUGCGGUUUCUAUGCCAAGUGUCACUCCUCACUUCAGGCCAUGCGUUGUAGAUUGGAGCAGCAUCCAACCCAAACUUAAACGAAUCAAAUGUGUUCAAGCUCAGUGAUUGGUUAGAUUGUAGGGAAACACUUGAGCCACAUGCUAUGGGUUCGAAGGGGCUUCAGUUGAGAGUUGUUCCACCCAUCUCUUCUUGCAUGUGUUUAGUCAGUCACAAGUGAUAUCACAUUAUGAUCAAUAUGUAAUAUGUUGAUGAUCUUGUUUGGCUUGGAUAAGGCUCCCGUCUACUGCACGCCGUCUACUGUGGUAACAUGCCAUACACUGUAGCUGGGUCAUCCCAUGCUUUAUAUUCCUGUGCUCUGUCGCUUUUGUUGAAGUCAGGCAUGACUGGCAAUGUGUCUCUGCCAUUUCAUUUAAUUAAGCAAAUAUCAUGCCAUUAUUUUUCCAUAGGUGUUUUGUCCGCUUGUGUUGUCCAUUGGCCGUGUUCAACUCGAGAAGUAGGUAAUAGGUGCUUAUACUUAAACAUAUCUUUUAUCAUGUUGUGGGUGUGUCUUGUGAUAUCUCUAAUAUUUUUUUAAGAGAAUAAAAAGGAAGCAUAACCUGUCUAUUCUACAUUAAUCAGUUAAUACAACUUCUGUUCUUUCAGAUUUUUCGAAUGACUUUAAAAAAGUAGCUACUGAUGCCUGUGGUACGUUAUAGCAGAAAAGCUUAUUGCUGUAAAAUGUAUUGCAUAUGAUAUCUAAUAUUGUUGUUCACUGAUAUGUAAUCUAUAGAUAAAUAUAUUUUUCCAUUUGCUUUGGAAGUCUUAUAUAAUUUAUUAGCAUUUAUUGAUAUUUUUGAGAGGUUGAAUUGCAAUUUUUUUCAAAAUGUAAAUGCACUUAAUUUGAUCAGAUGAAUAUGAUGCUCCACCAAUCAAAAACAGAGCGCUUACUGAUCAUGUGACAGCUCACAAUUAAAGUUCUCUUCUUUUCCUUUGGAGGAUUUCUUGUUCUUACCUGCUGGGAUCCAUUUAUACAUCACGCACGGUAGUGAACACUCUCACUGUGUUUACAUGUUUAUUAUAAUCCUGCUACUUCUCAAAAAGAUGUCACUUGUAGGCAGCUAUAUGAUAUUAAAGUAUGAGUUAUAUGAGCAUUCAA